AAUAUUUCGAGGUUUCCAAAAUGGCUAAAUAACUCGCUUCAGAUUCUUGAUUAAACUCCAGCUCUAAUGGAUUUCUUCAAGCCCUUCCACGUGGAAUGCCUCCAUCGGUCUGAUCUUUCGUCGGCUUCGAAAGCUCCGAAACAUGCCCAUCAUUUUCUUGCGGUAACAGAAGCAGGAGCUGGUUUCAUUGUAGUUGCAGCGUUGCAGCAGUUAGUAAGGACUCAAGUAAAACCUUACAAAGAAGAAGAUAAGAGAAUAAUUGGAAGAAGAAGAGAAAGAAGAAGAACGAGAGAGCAAAAUGUCUCUCCCUCCCACGCUAGAUUUUGCCAAGGCAGAAGAAGAGAUCUGCAAAAAGUGGAGCGAGGAAGAAACCUUCAAGACCCAAGAUAAGCUGAGUUUGGAGCGUGGUGAUGAGGAGUACACGUUCUACGAUGGACCGCCCUUUGCGACUGGGUUGCCCCAUUAUGGGCACAUUUUGGCUGGAACCAUCAAGGAUACCGUCACUCGUUACGCGGUCAUGUCUGGCAAACACGUAGAGAGGCGUGCUGGAUGGGAUUGUCAUGGUCUUCCCGUGGAGUAUGAGAUUGAUCAAAAACUGAAGAUUACACACCGAGAUCAAGUGCUGGAAAUGGGCGUCGACAAGUACAACGCCGAAUGCCGAUCCAUCGUCACCCGAUACACGAAGGAAUGGGAAUCGACCGUCACUCGGCUAGGAAGAUGGAUUGACUUUGAGAAUGAUUACAAAACGAUGGAUCCUACGUUUAUGGAAAGUGUCUGGUGGGUAUUUCAGCAGCUCUUUGAAAAGAACUUGGUCUACCAGGGGUACAAAGUCAUGCCCUACAGUACUGCGUGUUCGACCCCCCUUAGUAACUUCGAGGCUGGUCUGAACUACAAGGAUGUCCAUGAUCCAGCCAUUGUCGUCAGCUUUCCCGUGGUCGGUGAAGAGGACGUUUCUUUCAUUGCUUGGACAACUACGCCCUGGACACUCCCCUCGAACUUGGCCUUGUGUGUCCACCCCACCAUGGAUUACGUCAAGGUUCUAGAUAAAAAGGCCGAAAAGACGUACAUCAUGGCAAAGGCUCGUCUACCUCAGCUCUUCCCCAUCAUGAACAAUAAGAAAAAGUGGAAGCCGGCCAUGGCGGAUGACUUGUACGAAAUCAAGGCAGAAAUGAAAGGACAGGAGUUGGUGGGCAAACGAUACAAGCCCCUCUUUGACUUUUUCGCCGAUACUCCCGAGGCAAGGAAUUACUGGCAAGUAGUGUCGGAUACCUACGUUACGGAUGAUGCCGGUACGGGUGUGGUUCAUCAAGCACCGGCUUUUGGAGAAGACGAUUACCGUGUCUGCCUGGCCAGUGGAAUUAUCAUCAAGGGAGGGGAAAUCCCUUGUCCCGUAGAUGCCAGUGGAAUGUUUACCGACCCUGUCAGUGUCGUCAAGGGCCAACACGUCAAGAAAGCCGAUGCCGAACUCAUCAAAAUCCUCAAGGAGGAUGGACGGUUGGUCCAAAAGGGAGAUUUGCUUCACUCGUAUCCAUUUUGUUGGCGAUCCGACACUCCGCUCAUAUACAAGGCUGUGCCUUCGUGGUUUAUCAAGGUGGAAGAAAUUCGCGACAAAAUUGUGGACAACAACAAAAAGACCUACUGGGUGCCUGCCAAUGUCAAGGAGGUACGAUUCCACAAUUGGCUUUCGGAAGCACGAGAUUGGGCUGUUUCCCGAAAUCGAUUCUGGGGAACACCCAUCCCCAUCUGGGCCAACGAUGACUUGACUGAAACCAUCUGCGUGGGAAGUAUCGAUGAGUUGGAGAAAUUAUCGGGAGUUCGUGUGGAUGAUCUGCACAAGGACGUGGUUGACAAGAUCACUAUUCCCUCCAAAAAGAACCCUGGCACUGUCUUGAAUCGAGUCGAAGAGGUGUUUGAUUGUUGGUUCGAAUCUGGUUCCAUGCCGUAUGCGCAAAAGCACUAUCCAUUUGAAAACAAAGAGGCCUUUGAAAAGGGAUUCCCCGCUGACUUUAUUGCCGAAGGUUUGGAUCAGACGCGAGGUUGGUUCUACACCUUGAUGGUGCUUUCCACUGCUCUGUUUGAACAACCUGCCUUCAAAAACUUGAUUGUGAACGGUCUUGUUUUGGCCGGGGACGGUAAAAAGAUGUCCAAGCGAUUGAAGAACUAUCCCGAUCCCACACUUGUCAUUUCAAAGUACGGUGCGGAUGCCCUCCGUAUGUACUUGAUCAAUUCACCGGUUGUUCGGGCGGAACCAUUGAAGUUCCAGGAGCCAGGAGUGCUGGGCGUGGUCAAGGAAGUGUUCUUGCCAUGGUACAACGCUGUGCGCUUCUUCUUGCAAAACGUGGACAGGUGGGAAAAGAACGGACAGAAGUUUGUGCCUUCUCCUGAAAAGGUAAAAGCAACCACCAACCCUACGGACAUUUGGGUCUCGGCAGCAACUCAAGGGCUCAUCAAAUAUGUCCAUCAGGAAAUGGGAGCGUACAGACUCUACACCGUAAUGCCUGCGUUGGUCAAGUUUGUGGAUCAGCUGACCAACUGGUAUGUUCGCCUGAACCGUGACCGUCUCAAGGGACUAGAGGGAGAAAACCCCACCGAGGAGGCAGAGACCGGCCUGCAAGUGCUGUUUGACGUGCUUCUUGACGCAACCACUAUAAUGGCCCCUUUCACUCCGUUCAUCACUGAAUUCUUCUACCAGCGACUGCGAAAGUACUUGCCGUCGUACAAAGAUGCUGAAAACGGAGGCGGAAAGUCCAACCCUGUUCUGCCCGGGAAGAGCGACUCAGUUCACUUCUUGAGACUCCCAGCGUACGAUGAAAGCCGCCUCAACGAGAAGGCCGUUGAAUCGAUGGAAGCUCUUCAAGCCAUUGUAGAGCAAGGGCGAACAUGUCGCGAGAAGCGAAAGAUUGGUUUGAGGACGCCAAUCAAGUCGGUUGUGGCCAUCCUGCGAAGCCCGCCUGAGCAUGUUGUAGAAGCUCUCUCCGGCCCACUGAAAACAUACGUACUCUCCGAGCUGAAUGCGUGGGAACUUCAGUUGGUGCCGAAGGAACAGGCACAUGAUUGGGUAACCCUCGCGUUGACACCGAACUUCAAGGCGCUCGGAAAGAAGCUAGGGAAGAAGAUGAAAGAAGUUGGCUCGGCUGUUCGAGCACUCUCACACGAUGAUGCGGUCAAGGCCCUAGACGAAGGCAAACUGGAGGUCGCCGGUAUCACACUAGAUGCCAAGACAGAGUUGGAAUCAAAAUUGUCGUUUUCGAAGCAAGGCGACAACUGGGAAGCCUUGAGUAGUCAAGACGGUUCUUUGGUGGUCGCGAUGGACUGUACCCAGGACGAAGCUAUUCUGUCGGCUGGUAAGUCUCGAGAGCUCAUUAACGGCAUCCAGACCCUACGAAAAUCUGCUGGGCUUGAGUUGGAGGACGUUGUCGAAGUGUUUUUCAAGGAGGAAGACGGAGUCACCGUUGUUGAAGAUGCAGUCGAAAAGAAUGUGCCGGUGUUUGAGGUCAAAUUCAAAGGAUCCAUUCCUCUUCCCCAACGCUUUGCUCCAAAGUGGGCAGUAACGAUCAAGUCGGAAGUUGUUGAUGUGGGUGGCUCGAACGUUGAGGUUUCCAUCUGUCGUCCCGCAGUUGCCGCUUCGGAUGCUCUGAAGGAUCCUGUUUUGGGAGUUUUCCCGACUUUGGAGCCAUCAGACUUGAAGGAGGGUCAAGACUUCACGUUCAAGAUUGACGGAACAGACCACACUCUCACCGAAGGCAAGGACUUCUGGUUGAGUUCCACUGCCAAAGCCAGAGCGACCAAGGCUGUUUCUUGGCUCUGAGCCCUACCGGUAGGAUGAAUACGGCUAGCUAGCGACAGUUAAGUUACUAAAAGCUAGCGAUAGUUAAGUUACUAAGAUCGUUUUAUAGUCAGUGAUGAAAUUGUAGCAGCCUCAAU